CAAUCAAAACCAGAAGAAAAGGAGAACUGAGACCGGAACAACUGUAACAUCGUGAAGAACCAGGAUGUGGCACCGAACCGACCUCUGCUACUCCACCCAAGAGAGGCUGUCGCGAAUCCACGACUGCGCAGGCGCCGACCGUGCUGCCGAGGCGCCUUUAAAGUGUGCCCGGAAGUGACGCGAGUCGUGCUGGUCGCAAGCUAGGGAAGGGUUGAGCGAAUCGCUGAGGCUAGCGGGCCCGGCGGGCGUCCUCGGCCACUAUGAGCUGCACGAUCGAGAAGAUCAUGACAGACGCCAAGACGCUGCUGGAGCGUCUGCGCGAACACGAUGCGGCGGCCGAGUCCCUGGUGGACCAGUCGGCCGCUUUGCACCGGCGGGUGGCGGCGAUGCGGGAGGCGGGCGCCGUGCUACCCGAGCAGUAUCAAGAGGAUGCACCCGACGUGAAGGACAUGUCUAAAUACAAACCUCACAUUCUGCUGUCCCAAGAGAAUACCCAGAUUAGAGACUUACAACAGGAAAACAGAGAGCUAUGGGUUUCCUUGGAGGAACACCAGGAUGCUUUGGAACUCAUCAUGAGCAAGUACCGGAAACAGAUGUUGCAGUUAAUGGUGGCUAAAAAAGCAGUGGAUACCGAACCGGUUCUGAGAGCUCACCAGUCUCACUCCGCAGAAAUUGAAAGUCAGAUUGAUCGAAUCUGUGAAAUGGGGGAAGUGAUGAGGAAAGCAGCUCAGGUGGAUGAUAACCAGUUCUGUAAGAUUCGGGAGAAACUAGCGCAACUGGAGCUUGAAAAUAAGGAACUUCGAGAAUUAUUGUCCAUCAGCAGUGAGUCUCUUCAGGUCGGAAAGGAAAGUUUUGUGGAUCCUGCUUCUCAGCCCAUCAAAUAACUGAACUUCUGAACGCAGGCUGCAGAUGGUCCGUCCAGGAGAGAAGUGACGACCUCUCCAUACGCCGUGUCCCUUCAAGAGUCCUGCCACAGACUUGACUUAGUGUUGAUUAGAGGUUUGAGGUGGCAGUCCAGAAUUGCCACUUGCUAUUCAUUGUCCACAGAACAGUUUGGGGUGUAUUAGUGAACACAGAGGCGUCUCCCAUUCCUUUGUCAGAGACUACAUUUAGUUUCUGCAUUUAUAUAAACUGUUGUUUUCAGUUCAUGUUUGUUUUCACAUCUCUGAAAUCUGAACGCUUUAUUAUAAGCCAGUGAUUUUAUUUUAUAUAGGAUUAUAAAAUUGACUUCUAAGAAUUUUUAAGAGAUCGAACUUUUUAAAAGUACAUGUUUGGCAUAAACCUGAUUUUAUUUCCUUUUUCCACUUGCAAAAGUGACAUGAUUCCCAGAAGUGGACUGGCAGCCCCUCUGAGUUGAGCCACUCAUCUGUGGAGUUUGGAUUCUCUCUGGUGCUAGGAGCUGGCACCUCGUGGUCGGGUGUCUUUACUCUUAAUUUGAGAGAAUCUAUUCCUUAUCCCUGGGAAAUAUACUUGAAAUCAAGUCAUCUGGGUUUGGGUUGUUUCUCCUCCUCCCCCAGGAUCACACAGUCAUUCAGAGAGUGCUGAGGAACUUGGACCUGCCCCGUCUGGUGCGGUCCCACGUGAGCACUUGAUUUAAAUGCCAAAAGUAGAUUUAUUUAUUUGAUCAAGUAGUCAGUUUCCCAUCUUGUUUGACUAAGGAAUCUUCGGCUUAGGUAGUUUGCCGGCUAUGAAGAACACAUAGUUUGCAGGCACUGUGCCCACUGUUGAAUUGAUACGGCUAUGCGGGAAGAUCGGCUCUGCUUGGCUGGCUCACGCUGGCGGGAGUGGUCUGCUGUCUUAGAUGUGUUUGGUUUUUACAUGGAAGCACUUUUAUCACCAACAGAAAGUUUCUACAUUCCCCGUGCCACACAGGCAGUUGAGAACAGCACUAAGAUCCGGCUGCAUGGAGGCUCUGCUAGUUCCCCUGUCGGCCUUCCCCUGUCCUGGUUUGCUCUGCUUUAUACAUAAUCUCUUCUAUGCUAUUUGUUUGCCCAGAGUGGCUGAAAAAUCUUAACCCUGUCAGUAUUUGUCACAACUCAGCCCCAUACCACAUGAGAAAGGUGGUAUUAAAAAAGAUCUAGUGUUGUAUAUGUCAUAAAGCUUCUUUUGUAUCCAGAAUGUGUUGAGUCCAUCGGAUCCCAUUAGCACCUACUGACAUAGAGCUGUGGACAGCUCCAGCUGUUGGCCUUGCAGUGUCCCCUAAGUGCCCAAAGUGUACUCCACAAGCCCAUCAGGAGCAGGUAUCCUCUACACAGGACAGCUGUCAAUCGGGUUCCAUAGAAAAGGGUAGUGUUGGGGGCUGGAGAGAUGGCUCAGAGGUUAAGAGCACUGCCUGUUCUUCCAAAGGUCCUGAGUUCAAUUCCCAGCAACCACAUGAUGGCUCAUAACCAUCUGUAAUGAGGUCUGGUGCCCUCUUCUGGCCUUCGGGCAUACACGCAGACAGAAUAUUGUAUACACAAUAAAUAAAUAAAUAUAAAAAAAAAAAAAAGAAAGAAAAGGGUAGUGUUAGCAGAGCCUGCUUCAGCAGUGUAUCUGCCUUAUGUUUCCUCUGUGCACCUUAGCCACCAGAAGAAUCUCUUCCUUUUUGCCCUGGGAAUACACUGAGCUUUCAGGGCCCUACGUCAUACACACGCUGCCUGGUGUUAAUGCUGUGAAGGUAAUAUAGAGCUAGUGUACUGAAUGGAGAAGGAACGCUCUUCACUGUGUGUGAAGAUGUUAAUGUCCCUUGCAGUGGAUGGAAGAAUUUAGUGUAUGAAAUUAUCUUU